GCAUUUUCAUCAGUCGGUUUGGUGCAAAACGAUUAAUAAUACUAAAUAGAUACCCACGCACUAUAGCGAAAUGGAAUUUUCAAUUCAAUUUUUGGCUCUCCUUUUGGUUUGUGCGAUUCUAUUUGUCUCCGCCGAAGACGACGUUGAACAAGUUUCUUUAACUCCCAAAAAGGCCGUUAAAAGAGGUAUCUACGGCGGGUACGGUUUCGGCUAUGGACACGGCUACUACCCCCACUAUUCGUAUUCUUUUGCCCCUAUAUAUAGAUCGCACGGUUACUACGGGGGAUAUGGCCAUGGACACUACCCUUAUUACUCUCUCGGAUACCACGGCUAUGGAGGUCACGGGUAUGGGCAUUUCUACUAGCGCAUCUCACGAAAGUACGUCACUUUAGGUGUAUAACUUGUAUUAUAUUCAUUCAUAUUUUUUUAAAAAAAUGAUCCGCUUUAUAUACAAUUACAUUUUUCUACCCUCCAUAUUGAACAAUAAAAAGGUCUUAAUAAAUUAUUAUUGGUU